CUCAUACAAAAAGCAAAAAUCCUAAAAAGAGUUAAAAACAUUAAAAUACAGAGUUUCCAUAUCAAGCGCAUUAACCUCAAAAUCGUCUUCUGAAAUUCAUCGCCGUCGUCUUCGAAGCUCUUCUCUAGAUCUGAGCUUCACUUCACUUCAAAGGCAAAUACCAAAUCUUCGGAUCUCCAACUCCCCAUUUCGAUACACACUUCAGCUAGGGUUUCGAGUCCGUACUAGACUGAAAUGCUCGCCGAUUCAUGACGGAGGUUUUUCGAGUACUUGCGUGAUUCUAGGAUUAUACUGUGUAGUUGAUUUGGUGGAAAACGAGAAAUCGAGUAUCCUGGAUAUAAUUUUUCAAAUUUCUAGAUUGAUACUUCCAAAGUUUUGAUUAUUCUUCUGUUAGUUACAGCUGUAUUUUGACUAGUCUAGGAACACGGAGGGACUUUUUUUUACAUGGUUCAUUUAUAGGUUGCGUGUAUGGUAAUGUUGAACAUUUCUGUAACUUAAGUCGUUUUUCGAUAGAAGAAGGAUGUUGUGACGAAUGGCGUUGAAGUUACCUGCUGCUGAAGCAGCUAAGGUUGCGAUUCAGUCUAUAGGAUGUGGAUAUGAUAUAUCCUUGGAUUUGAGGCUCAAGUAUUGUAAAAGUCACCCAUCUAAUAGUCGUUUAAUUGAAAUUGAUGAAAAUGAGGGUCGGGAGGUUGUGCUUCCUGGUGGAAUUUCAAUACCUAAUGUGUCAAAAUCUAUCAAAUGUGAUAAAGGAGAACACACACGGUUUCGCUCUGAUGUUCUUUCUUUCCAGCAGAUGUCAGAGCAGUUCAAUCAGGAAGUAUCCGUGAAUGGUAAAAUUCCUUCAGGGAUCUUCAAUACUAUGUUCGAGUUUUCUGGUUCUUGGCAGAAGGAUGCUGCAUACACUAAAACCCUCGCUUUUGAUGGUGUGUUCAUCACAUUGUACUCUGUUGCUCUAGAAAAAUCUCAAAUGGUGCUGUGUGAUUAUGUUAAAAAGGAAGUUCCGUCAACAUGGGAUCCUGCAGCAUUAGCAAGGUUUAUUGAAAAAUUUGGUACUCAUGUCAUUGUUGGUAUAAAGAUGGGGGGAAAAGAUGUAAUAUAUAUGAAACAACAGCACUCAUCAUCGCUUCUGCCUGCUGACGUGCAAAAACGUUUGAAGACAAUGGCAGAUAAGAGGUUUUCAGGUGCAAAUGAACAAGGCAGAAUAGAAUCGCAGCAGGCACAUCAGAAUGAGAAGUUUGAAAUCAGGGAGCACCGACUGAGGUUCGCCGAUCCCAAUAUAUCAGGUUCAUAUGCACAUAAGGAGGAUACUGUUUGUAUUUGCAAGAGGAGAGGUGGAAGUGAUAGCAGAGGCCUGAUGCAUAAUCAGUGGUUACAAAGUGUUGAUCAGGAGCCUGAUGUGAUCUCAAUGUCCUUCAUUCCUAUAACUUCACUGUUGAAUGGCAUCUCAGGAAGUGGAUUUUUAAGUCAUGCUAUAAAUCUGUACUUACGCUAUAAACCACCAAUUGAAGAGCUUCACCAGUUUUUGGAAUUUCAGCUGCCAAGGCAAUGGGCACCAGUAUUCGGUGAUCUUCCGCUUGGUCCACAGAGAAGGCAUUUAAGUUUUCCGUCUUUGCAGUUCAGUUUACUGGGUCCCAGGCUUUAUGUGAACACCACUCCGGUUGAUGUUGGCAAGAGGCCGGUGACUGGACUUCGUUUGUACCUUGAAGGUAGAAGGAGUAACCGCUUAGCUGUCCAUUUACAGCAUCUUUCAUCUCUUCCUAAAGUCUUCCAACUUGAAGAUGAUCCAAAUGGCAAUUUUCGCCGAGAAUCAUAUGAUCGCAAAUACUAUGAAAAAGUUCAAUGGAAGAACUUUUCUCACGUCUGCACCGCACCUGUUGAAUCUGAUGAAGAUCUUAACAUAGUUACUGGAGCACAAUUGGAAUUAGGGGACUAUGGGUUUAAAAAGGUCCUCUUUCUGAGGCUCCGUUUCUCGACUGUCAUGGGAGCUACUAUGGUAAAGCACGCUGAGUGGGAUGGUUCUCCUGGGUUGGCUCGCAAAUCUGGCCUGAUAUCAACUCUCAUUAGCCAGCACUUCACAUCAGUUCAGAAGCCACCUCCGCGGCCAGAUGAUGUGAACAUAAAUUCUGCCAUUUACCCUGGUGGUCCUCCAGUUCCUGUGCAAGCCCCUAAGCUCUUGAAAUUUGUCGAUACUACUGAGAUGACUCGAGGACCACAGGAACCUCCUGGUUAUUGGGUUGUUUCAGGUGCAAGGCUUAUGGUUGAGAAAGGAAGGAUCUCUGUGAGGGUCAAAUAUUCCUUGCUAACUGUAAUACAACCCGAUGAUGAAAUAUCAGAGUAAUUUAGAAGAGGUUCUCUUUUAUUUAUACUCAAAACAAUGCAAAAGCUACAGGGAGAAGUUGCAGUGUAGUUUGUUGCUCAGUUUUCUUGAUGUUGAAACACCUGUUGUACAAAAUUUGGCGAAAGUGCCAAAAAAGGGGAUGAAGCAACUGUUCUGUACUUUGAGAUGUCUCUAAUCUUUGUUCUGAUUUUGUUUGCGCUUAAUGUAAAUCAUGACAAUAUUGGUUGUAAUAUAAUUCUCACUUCUCCAAAAA